AACUAUAACCUAUCUUCAUAUUACUACUUCACUCUUAUGGCGAUCUUGUACUUCUCAUCUUCUACACCAUUCUUCUCGACGAUCAUCUAUUCACCUCGAAGAAAGAUUAGGGCUUUACGAGAUUCGAGCAAAACCCAUAAGAAUCUCAUCACGACAGAUCAUGUUUCAUCUUUCAGGUCAUGUCCCUGUGGAAGAAGGCAUUUCCUUGGAGCUGUGCCAUUUCUUCCCAUCUCUCCUUCUUAUGCUUCUGGUUCCUCUGCUUCUACCUCAACGGAGGAUUUGAGGAGAUUGCGUUCACCAAAGCCAGAUUGGUAUGAGGAGCUCUUUGCUUGGUUUUUGAGUACAGGAAUGGAAUCAUACGAGAAAGAGAUUUCAGAUUACAAGAUUAAACUCUUUGAUAAUUUGGUUGGGAAAGCAGAAAAAGUUUUGGAGAUUGGGAUUGGAACAGGUCCAAAUAUCAAGUACUACACAGCUAUUCCAAACGUUUCUGUUAUUGGUGUUGAUCCAAACGCUAAGAUGGAGAGUUAUGCGCGCAAAUCAGCCGCAGAAGCAGGGAUCAAAUCCGAAGACUUCACAUUUAUUCACGCGCUUGGAGAAUCUAUACCGUUAGAAGAUGCAUCGGUUGAUGCAGUCGUAGGGACUCUCGUGCUUUGUUCUGUCACUGAUGUCGCUCGGACACUCAAAGAGAUAAAACGGAUACUAAGACCUGGUGGGAUUUAUCUGUUCAUAGAACAUGUUGCAGCUGAAGAUGGUACAUUUCUGAGGUUGGUCCAGAAUGUGUUGGAUCCAUUGCAACAAGUUGUUGCCGACGGAUGUCACUUGACAAGGCACACCGGAAAAUCCAUAUUAGAAGCUAAGUUCAAUGGCGGUUCAGAUGUUAAAAAGGCAUCCAUUUCUAGCAUUGCUUACAUAAGCUCUCAUGUCUAUGGGAUUGCUUACAGUUAAAUACAUUAAAAAUAGACAGGAAAAUGUCCCUUCGACUAAUCCAAGGGUAUGAUGAUAAUGACUGUAUAUUUCAGUGUAAUAAAUAAAUGUUAAUGAUAUAGUAGGAUGAGUAUAGUAUAUCA